CACCCAACCAUGCUGCGCACCCUCCUGCUCCUGGGGGGCUUCUUGGCCCCCGCGCUGCCCGCUGGUCCCCACUGGGAGUACGAGGGUCCCCACGGGCAGCAGCAGUGGCCCGAGGGCCACCCGGAGUGCGGUGGCCACGCGCAGUCGCCCAUCGACGUGGAGACGCGGCGAGCACAGCCCGACCCCUCCUUGCCCCCCAUCCGCCCCCUGGGCUACCAACCCCCCCCGGGGGCCACCUUCACCUUGGCCAAUAACGGACACACGGCGGUUCUGGUGCUGCCCGGUUCGGGUCUCCUGGAGGGUUUGGGUCGCUCCUUCGCUGCUGCUCAGCUCCAUUUCCAUUGGGGGCGGAACGGGACCCCCGGGGGGGGGGGCGCGGAACAUCUGCUGGACGGGCAGCGGAACCCCGCGGAGAUGCACGUGGUUCACUACGACUCCGAGCGCUUCCCCGACGUCGCCGCAGCUCAGCACCACCCGGGGGGGCUGGCGGUCCUCGGCGUCCUCCUGGAGCUGGGUGCUGACCCCCACCCCGCCUACGACCGCAUCUUCAGCCACCUCGGGAGCAUCCGCUACGCUGGUCAAUCCACCCCCAUCCCUUCCUUCAACAUCCAGGAUCUCCUCCCCUCCCGCUUGGAUCUUUAUUAUCGCUACAACGGAUCCCUCACCACCCCCCCCUGCUCCCAGGGGGUCCUCUGGACCCUCUUCAAACACCCGGUCCGUAUCAGCCCAGCUCAGCUGGAGCAGCUCCAGGGAACCCUUUACUCCACUCAGGAAGAGGCUGAGGAGCCCCAACCCCUGGUGAACAAUUUUCGGGAGCCUCAAGAGCUCAACCAACGCUUGGUCCUGGCCUCGAUCCCCACGGAGCCUGAGGGGUAUUCAACAGGUGAAGUCAUUGCCAUCGUCAUCGGGGUGGUGGUUGGGUGCCUGGGACUCUUCCUCGCUGGACACUUCGCUGCCAAGAAGUUGCGCGCUCGGCGGGCGCAGGCGCAGGACGUGGUGUUCAGAGCCUCCUCCCGCCGCCCCCCCUCGGAUGGAGCCCGCUUCUGA